UAUUAUUCCCUCCUAAAUCAGACUCCAACAGCAACCACCACUUGAAAACUUUUAACUACCCACCACUUCUCUUCCAUUCUCAAAACAGCAGCUUCUUCAUCCAAAUCCCAAUCUAACUAAUACAAAUUCUUGCAAAAUCCUUACAACAAUGAUCACCAAAAUUUUCUUUGUCACAUUCAUUUUAACUUCUAUUCUACUAUCUCUUCUCUACAUUCCCACUCGGCUGUCCCACCCCAUCACCAUUUUCAGGCCACCCAAAAGCUUCAUCAUCCCAAAAACCAGCAAGCCAUAUCCAGUGACUUUUGCCUACUUGAUCUCAGCAUCUACGGGAGACACUGUGAAGCUUAAACGCCUAUUGCGCGCACUGUACCAUCCAGGAAAUUACUAUCUGAUACACCUGGAAGCUGAUGCAGAAGACUUUGAGCAUAAGGAGAUAGCAAGAUUUGUGUCCAGUGAGCCUGUUUUUAGCCAAGUUGGCAAUGUUUGGAUUGUUGGAAAGCCUAAUUUGGUUAGCUAUAGAGGUCCAACCAUGCUUGCCACCACUCUCCAUGCAAUAGCUAUGCUUCUUAGGACUGCAAAAUGGGAUUGGUUCAUCAAUCUCAGUGCCUCUGACUACCCUUUGGUAACUCAAGAUGAUCUGAUGUCAGCAUUUGCUAACUUGCCAAGAGAUCUUAAUUUUGUUCAGCACACUAGCCAUUUGGGCUGGAAAAUGAAUAAGAGAGGAAAGCCAGUUAUAAUAGACCCAGGUCUGCAUAGCCUUAAUAAAUCUGAGAUCUGGUGGGUUAUAAAGCAAAGAAGUCUCCCAACUGCCUUCAAGCUUUUUACAGGAUCAGCGUGGACAUUUCUAUCCAGAUCCUUCUCUGAAUAUUGCAUUGCUGGUUGGGACAACCUGCCAAGAACCCUUCUCCUUUACUACACAAAUUUCGUUUCAUCUCCUGAAGGCUAUUUCCAGACAGUAAUAUGCAAUUCUGAAGACUACAGAAACACUACAGUCAACCAUGAUCUUCACCAUAUUACAUGGGACAAUCCUCCGAAGCAACAUCCACGGUCACUUGGGCUAAAAGAUUAUAGAAGAAUGGUCUUGAGCAAUCGUCCAUUCGCUAGGAAAUUCAAGCAGAAUGACCGUGUUCUUGAUAAAAUUGAUCACGAGAUUCUCAAAAGACACCAUAGACAUUUUACUUAUGGUGGAUGGUGCUCCAAGGGGGCUGAUGAUCUGAGUCUUUCAUGCUCAGAUUUGCAAAGUGAGAAUUAUGGUGUUCUGAAGCCUGGAACAGGUGCUCGAAGAUUGAGAACUUUAUUAUCUAAACUGCUCUCUGCUCAAAACUUGAAUAAGAGACAAUGUAAAUGAUUUUUGCAAAUUAUGUUCAGUAGCAGUGAUGGUAGUUUUCUGAGUCAAUUUGCGACAACUGUAUGGUUAAUUGCUUAACUUCUUAUAUAAGUUCAUAAUAAUACGAGGAUAAGAAGUUGCAGAUCUUAA